CUGCUUCUCUAUUCAUUUGGCCAAAACCAGACAAGAAAAGGCAUACAAUUCUCUUCCAACCCAUGUUAUCCAUGGUCUUCUGAGGUCUUUCUUGAGGUCCUAAAACCCUGGCUUGGCUUGCUGACUGCCACUCUAUGGCCCACACAGUUCCCCAACCCACAUGCUUCUCCAUCAACCCAUCCCUUCUCUCCCGCUAUUAAUAACCUCCUUGUGAUACCUUAAGCCAAGAGAAAAAGAAAGCCAGGGAUACAUAGUUGCAGUCUAAUUACUAUCCAUACAAAAGCUUGUUUUUAAGCUAUGGAAAGUUGAAGAUGAUGUUCUCUUUGCUGAACUUAGCCGCCAACUUGCUCUUCUGAUCAUGGAUGAUGACGAACAAUUUCCGGUUCAGCCUCCUCCUCCUCUUCCCUUUCCGGGAUUCCAUCAAGUUUCUCAAGUUGUGAUGAUGCCCUCUUCAUUAACUUAUGAAGCAUCAUUCAUGAGAGAGAGCAAGGGUACUGGAGUCUUUAUCCCUCAAUGCAAAUACCCAAGAAGAAAGAACAGAUCAGGAAGACCCAAUUCAAGCAACAAUUCUUACAAAGAAACUAAUAAACCAGGGACUCUUGUUGCUCAUGCAAACACUGAAUGCUGCAUUGAGAAUUUCAACUAUUGCCAUUCAAGUGUUCUAAAGAAAGAAAAGUUUACAAGCUAGAUGAAAUUUCAGUGGUUGUAGUUGUGAAAGGUAUUGGUGUUCAAUUGUUAUAAAUUGUGUAAAUGAACAAAUAAGUUCCUUCCAUUUGCAUUUAUAUACUUCUUACUUUCAAGAGGGCUCUCUAGUUGGAGCACUCAGGGAAUGUAUAGUUCCAUAAGCAUCUCCCUAUUAACCUCUUCUGUAAACUUCAAUCUGGAAUUGACAAUAACCAGGGGAAUACAGGUGUUUGUGUGUAUUGUGUUAUUCAUUUGAAAAUUUGGAUUUAAAUAUAUAAAUAUAAGUUUCUCA